UGAGUCCCGCGCAGGCGUUCAUCACCAGGGCUGCGAGUGACAGGAGGAGGGGACCGGAGGGGCUUCCUGACGGCCACGGCGCGCCAUGAAGGAGGACAAGGAGAACGCCAAACCCAAGGAGAAGAGAGUGGAGAGCAGAUUCGACGAGAAAUCUGAGAAGAAAGAAAAGAAAGAGAUCUUAACUAAGGUUGUGGUCCGUCGUUUGCCUCCUAGUCUGACAAAAGAACAGUUAGAAGAGCAGCUUGCCCCAUUACCUGAGCAUGAUUACUUUGAAUUUUUUUCCACUGAUUCAAGUUUGUAUCCGCAUGUAUUUUCUAGAGCAUACAUCAAUUUCAAGAAUCAAGAAGACAUCGUCCUUUUCAGGGAUCAGUUUGAUGGCUAUGUUUUCAUUGAUAACAAAGGUCAAGAAUAUCCUGCUAUAGUAGAAUUUGCUCCAUUUCAGAAAAUUCCCAAAAAGAAAAGCAAGAAGAAAGAUGCAAAAGCCGGAACUAUUGAAGAUGCUGCAGAACAAAUACACUUCAGCGAUGAUCCUGAAUAUAAGAAGUUUUUAGAGAGUUACAAUAAUGCAGAAGAGGAAAAGACUGCAGCUAAUCCAGAAACACUUCUGGAGGAAAUUGAAGCUAAAACCAAAGAGCUUGCAGCUGCUAAGAAAACCACACCUCUCUUAGACUACGUGAAGAAUAAGCAGAGAAUAAGAGAAGAGAAAAGAGAAGAAAGGAGGAGACGGGAGCUGGAAAAGAGAAGAAUCAGAGAAGAAGAGAGGAGAAAAUGGAGAGAGGAAGAAAGGCGAAAGAGAAGGGAAGCAGAGAAGCAAAAGAAGAUGGUAGAUAAAGGAUAUGACAAAGAUAAGGAGCGUUCAAAGGAAGAAGCCAAAAUAAAGCUUUUGAGAAAGCCAGACAAAGGGGACGAUCCAAGUUCAGAAAAGCCAAAGGAGAGGCUGAAGAAACUUGAUCGAGAGCGUGCUAAAGAGGACAAGAUGUUUAUGGGCCAGGGCAAACGACUAGACAGUUCAGUCAAAGAAGAUAAAGGAAAGAAGGUUGAAGAUGACGGAAGAGAAUACAGGGAUAGGGAUGGGAGAGAGUAUAGAGAGUACAGGGAGAGGGAUGGGAGAGAGUAUAGAGAAAAAGAUGGGAGAGAGUUUAGGGAAAAGGAUGGGAGAGAAUACAGGGAAAAAGAUGGGAGAGAAUACAGGGAAAAAGAUGGGAGAGAAUACAGGGAAAAAGAUGGGAGAGAAUACAGGGAAAAAGAUGGGAGAGAAUACAGGGAAAAAGAUGGGAGAGAGUACAGGGAAAAAGAUGGAAGAGAGUACAGGGAGAAGGAUGGGAGAGAGUACAGGGAGAAGGAUGGGAGAGAGUACAGGGAGAAGGAUGGGAGAGAGUAUAGGGAAAAGGAUGGGAGAGAGUAUAGGGAGUAUAGGGAGAAGGAUGGGAGAGAGUACAGAGAUAAAGAGGAAAGGGAACGAGAGAGAAGACUGAAAGAGAAGGAACGGCAGAAACGCCUGGAGGAAGAACGGCAAAAACAGAGGGAGCGAAGUGAAGCAGACAAACUUUGCAGAAAGAAAGAUGAAGAGGUCAAAAAGGAAAAAGAUCAAGCAAGUGAAAAAGCCAGGAAAAAGGAAAACCUGGACCUUGCUGCAAGUGUGGACAAGUCUGAGAAAGUAAAAGAUGACAAGAAGGAGGAUAGCCUAAAGAGAGAACGAAUAAGAAACAAGGACCGACCAACUAUGCAGUUAUAUCAGCCUGGAGCACGGAACCGCAAAGGUGGACCGACCAAUGCAAAGUCUGGCGAUGGUGGUGUGAGGUCACCUGAUGAAAGUGAGGACCAGCAGGAGAUUGAAGCUUCCAGGAGUUUUGCUGAGAAGGAAAGUGAAGAAUGAAAAUCGUGUUCUUCAAUGAGGUGGACAAGUGGACAGCCUGAGCGUGGAAUAUCCGGAAGUGUCCUUAUCGAGUAGGAGUUCAGAUAGUGAGGACAGCGUUUUGGUUUGUCAGAUAAAAUGUUUGAAACUGGUAUUUUUCCUCUUCAGAAUGGGAAUUUCCUUCCCUUUAUAAUUACGGCUGCCACAAGGCUCCAAUGUUAGCAAGUGUGCGGUUAUUGCAGCUGGAGAUUAAUGAGAACGUAAGGUAGAUUUAUGAUUGAUAACACAACUGCUUGUUACGCAUAAAAGACCCAGAGUGAGUUGGUAAUAUCUGUUUUACUAGCCAGAUACCAGUAAAGGAUACAUGCAAUCAGCUAAAGCAACACUAUACUAGCAAAUGCUAAAAAAAAAACAACUUGGGCCAUCGUAAUUUAAAAUACAUUGAAGAUUACUGCAUGAGAGAACUCUUAGUGGCCUUAUAAUACAUUGAUCUCUAUCUGUGGGAUCUAUGAAAAGGCCCAGGAAAAAAUGAAGUUCGCAUUUGCUAUUUGUUUAACUUUUACCACACCUGUUGUAUUCAGUGUAGACUCUUGCAUUUCUACAGUUGGAGAAAGGAACCAUUAGAGCUCCAUUGAAGAGGCUUUGAAGGUGACACAAUACUUGGAUUUUACACUUUUAAUAAAAGCCCUUCAUGAAAAAGUAGGUUCGUAGGGAAAAAUAUAUUUGUCCAUUUCCUGCUGGAAUGCCGGCCCAGUACUUUUGACUCAUUCUAUGUUGUCACACGGAUGAGUAGAAUGCUAUAUAAGAAUUAACUAGUUUUUUGCCCCUGCUCCUUUACUAAGUUUUACUUUUUUUUCUUAUUUAUCAUUAGAGAUAUAUUUUUCCUGUUGGCAGCAUUGUGGCUCAGGCGAAGUGUGGCUGACCAGUAGAGGGUGCUGGCAUUGCAGCACCACAAACGUGGAACCCAACCUCUUUGCUCUGGUCCACGACUCUUGCUGGAGGAAAGCAAGAAUGUGUGAUUUUCUUUUUUUUUGAAAAAAAAGUACUGGGAUAGUAAUGUGACAAUAGGUUAGAAAUUAAGAUGCACUAAAGGGAAGAGAAGCAAGUAGUUUAGUUUUCUUUUUUUUCCGGUGAUUGAUUACAAUGUGUGCUAGUAUUUUUUUUGGGGGGAUCGUGUUUGGCAAAAUAAGCAAACGAGUAUGAUAUUAAGAUUACUCCACAACUCUUCUGGAUCCCUCGUUUGCACUGUCACGCAUUUCUUUCUGCUUGUGCUUGAAACGUUAGUUAUUGCACACGUCUUCAGGGGCCAAGGGAUUGUCUUGGUGGAUAAGCAUGGCAUAUUAGAGCAGACACCACCCUUCGAAAAGCUUUUAGGAACAGAAUUGAUUCAAAACCAUUCCUCAGUAGAAAUAAAAUAUUGAAUUCACAAAA